AAUAGAGAUGUACCGCAAUGCACCAUGUAAGCAACUGGAGUACUAGGAUGUUGCUUUUGGUGGUUGGGCCAGUGUAUAUGCCGGGGCUAAGUUUUCCGGCCGCGAGACGAGACAUGUAGAGCAGGACCUUGCGCUGAAUCAUCUUGGCCGUCAUCGGUCUACCGAUAAGCACAUCGAAUUCAAAGAGGCGCAGGAAAAUGAAAGGUUCAAGCCAUGCGAGCAAUCGCCAGAGAGCCCUCCAAAUAGUGCCAAGAAUGCAUCCGUGCCACCCCUGCAGAAAUUUUCCAACCCACAUCGCAUCCCACCUCGAAGCACGACGCUCUACACACUUCGCAACGCCGCAAUCCAGUAACACCCGCCGCAAUGGCUUCCGAAAAGCCUUCAAAAGCGAAGAAGCAAAAGACUGCUCCUACAACAGUUGCAGAAUUCACUAUUCUCCCGCUCACGCUUCCCGCGCUGCCCGGUCUCCCGGACGCCUACGCCGAUGCGAAGCACUAUCUCUACGUAAAGCAGCACGAGCCGAAACACUCGACGCCGGGCCAUGAUCGGAGUUUGUUUAUUGCGAAUGUGCCUAUCGACGCCUCGGAAACUGGUAUUCGCGCGCUGUUCGCGGAGCAGCUCGGCGGCUCGAGGGUGGAGCGCGUGGAAUUUGAUUCUGCGAUUCCGGCGCUGACGGCGCAUAAGCGGUUUCAGGAUGCGAGUGAUGCAAAGGCAGAGGGGAAGGAGAAGAGAGGCAAGAAGAGGAAGAGAGACGCGGACGUUGUCGCAGAGGGCGUCGUGGAGGAUGAAGAAAGCGCCCUGCCUAGGAUAUGGAGUAGCGAGCUGAGGAAGGGAGGGAGUGGUGCGGUCGUGGUGUUUGUGGAUAGGAAGAGUAUGAGGGGCGCGUUGAAGGAGGUGCAGAGGGCUGUUAAGGAGGGGAGGGAGAUUGUGUGGAAGGGUGGAGAGGGGUUGGGCGUUGAGCGCUACAAAUCCCACCUCACCCUCCGCUACCCCCCACCCGCCGUCCUCCAAACCAGCGUAAACGCCUACCUCACGCAAUUCACCGCCCUCGAAAACAAGCGCAACAAAAUCCGCAAGCACGCGCGAUCAGAACCCGACGAAGAAGGCUUCAUCACCGUCGUGCGCGGCGGCGGACGCAAUGUGCGGCUCGAGGACGCGGAGAAGAAGAAGGCGGAGUUGGAGGAGCGGAGGAAGAAGAAUGGGAUCAAGGACGACUUUUAUAGGUUCCAGAAUAGGGAGAGGCGGAAGGAGGAGGAACUUAGGCUCAGGAAGGGCUUUGAGAGGGAUAGGAAGAGGGUGCUGGAGAUGAGGGAGCGGAGGGGGAGGGUGGUGCCUGAGAGUUGAGUUGCGGUUUCGGCUAUGGUAUCUAUAGGGAUGGAGAGCUCUCCGCAAUUCAGAAUUGCACAUUAGAAGCCCCUGGAUUAUUAGAACCCUGCACUGUUUCAUGGGACAUACGAGAGUACUUUAACUCCUGGCAAAGGUAGUGAGGUUCCACGAACCCUCAAGGUUCUCCACUCGGAGACG